UGAGCUGAUGACCCAGGGCAUCCUGGCGCUGGUGACCUCCACGGGCUGUGCCUCGGCCAGCGCGCUGCAGUCCCUGACCGACGCCAUGCACAUCCCGCACCUCUACGUGCAGCGCAACAGCGAGGGCUCCCCGCGCACCGCCUGCCAGCUCAACCCCAGCCCCGACGGCGAGCGCUACACGCUGGCCGCCCGCCCGCCCGUGCGCCUCAACGACGUCAUGCUCAAACUGGUCACCGAGCUGCGCUGGCAGAAGUUCAUCGUCUUUUACGACAGCGAGUACGAUAUCCGCGGCCUGCAGAGCUUCUUGGACCAGACGUCUCGGCAGGGUCUGGACGUGUCGCUGCAGAGAGUGGACCGUAACAUCAGCCAGGUCUUCUCCAGCCUGUUCUCCACCAUGCGCACCGAGGAGCUGAACCGCUACAGGGACACACUGAGGCGGGCCAUACUGCUGCUCAGUCCCCGAGGAGCCCAGGUCUUCAUCCACCAGGCUGUCGAAACCAACCUGGCCUCCAAGGACAGCCACUGGGUGUUCGUGAACGAGGAGAUCAGCGACACAGAGAUUCUGGAGCUGGUGCACAGUGCCCUGGGGCGGAUGACGGUCAUUCGCCAGAUCUUCCCCUUGUGGAAGGACAGCAAUGUUCGCUGCAUGAGGAACAACCACCGGAUCUCCUCCCUGCUCUGCGACCCCCAGGAGGGCUACCUGCAAUCCCUGGAGGUGUCCAACUUGUACCUGUAUGACAGUGUGCUGAUGCUGGCCAACGCCUUCUACAGGAAAUUGGAGGACAGGAAGUGGCAUAGCAUGGCCAGUCUGAACUGCAUAAGGAAGUCUACCAAGCCCUGGAACGGGGGCUGGUCUAUGCUGGAGACCAUCCAGAAGGGUCGCAUCACCGGGCUCACGGGAACCAUGGACUUCCGCGACAACGGCUCCAAUUCGCACGUCCAGUUCGAGAUCCUGGGAACCAGCUACAGUGAGACCUUUGGAAAAGAUGUCAAGAGGCUGGCAACGUGGGACUCGACUCUAGGUCUAAAUGGCAGCCUGAAGGAGAGCCGCAUUGAGAAUGGCAUGCAAGGAGUGACGGUCAAAGUGGUGACACUGCUGGAGGAUCCCUUUGUCAUGGUUGCAGAAAACAUUCUCGGGCAACCCAAGAAGUACAAGGGUUUCUCCAUAGACGUGCUCGAUGCACUGGCCAAGAUUCUGGGCUUCAAGUAUGAGAUCUACCAGGUGGCAGACAGCAAGUACGGCACUCAGCUGCCCAACGGCUCCUGGAAUGGGAUGAUUGGAGAGCUCAUCAACAAGAGGGCGGAUCUGGCCGUGUCGGCGAUCACCAUCACGCCUGAGCGGGAGAACGUGGUGGACUUCAGCAAGCGCUACAUGGACUACUCUGUGGGCAUCCUGCUUCGCAAGCCUGAGGAGAAGAUAAACAUCUUCUCGCUGUUCGCGCCCUUCGACCUGGCGGUGUGGGCCUGCAUCGCGGCUGCCAUCCCUGUGGUCGGGGUCCUGAUCUUUGUCCUGAACCGGAUGCAGCUGGUGCGCACCCAGAACCCCCCGGCCCCCCACCAGCAGGCCCCCUCCUCUGUCUCCAACUCCCUGCACAGCGCGAUCUGGAUCGUCUAUGGAGCCUUCGUCCAACAGGGUGGAGACUCCAUUGUGAGUUCUGUGGCCCUGCGAAUUGUGAUGGGAAGCUGGUGGCUUUUCACCCUCAUCGUCUGCUCCUCCUACACGGCCAACCUGGCAGCCUACCUCACCGUGUCUCGCAUGGACAACACCAUACGGACCUUCCAGGACCUAUCCAAGCAGAUGGACCUAGCCUAUGGCACGGUGAGAGACUCCGCGGUAUACGACUACUUCAGGGCCAAGGGCACCAACCCACUGGAGCAGGACAGCACGUUCGCAGAACUCUGGAGGACCAUCAGCAAAAACAAUGGUCAUGACUACUCAGUGUCCAGCCCUUCAGAAGGCAUCCGCAAGGCAAAGAAAGGGCCCUACGCUUUCCUGUGGGACAUGGCGGUGGUGGAGUACGCGGCCCUGACUGAUGACGACUGCUCCAUCACAGUGACCGGCAACAGCAUAAGCAGCAAAGGCUAUGGGAUUGCAAUGCAGCAUGGGAGCCCAUACAGAGACCUCUUCUCACAGAAGAUCCUGGAGCUGCAGGAGAAGGGUGACCUGGACAUCCUGAAGCAGAAAUGGUGGCCCCGCACAGGCCGCUGUGACCUGAACAGCCACGCCAGCGCGCAGCCAGAUGGGCGAGCGCUCAAGCUGCACAGCUUCGCAGGAGUCUUCUGCGUGCUGGCCGCCGGGCUGUUGCUGGCCUGCCUGGUGGCCGGGUUGGAGAUGUGGUGGAACAGCAAUCGCUGCCGGCAAGAGCAGCCCAAAGAGGACAAGGAGGUGAAUCUGGAACAGGUACACCGGCGUAUGAACAGUCUUAUGGACGAGGACAUGGCGCACAAGCAGAUCCCCGCCCCGUCUAUCGAGAUCUCUGCGCUGGACAUCGGCAGCAUGCAGCCCAGCCAGCCGCUGGAGUCUGUGCGGGACUUCCCGGGCACGGGGCUGUCUGUGAGCACCUUCCUCCCGGAGCAGGGACAUGGGGUGGGCAGGACGAUAGCACAGGGCCAUGGCAGCACCCUCCCCCUCCCUCUCAGCAGCUCCACCAUCCCCUCCAUCCAGUGCAAACACAGAUCCCCCAACGGGGGUCUCUUUCGUCAGAGUCCCGUCAAGACACCCAUGCCAAUGUCGUACCAGUCAGUGCCCGGAGGACCCAUCCCAGAAGCCAUUGAGUCGACCCACAGUACUUCCAUCUGAUCCCCCCCUCCCCCCA